AUGGGGCUUCCCAAAGAUUCCGAACUACGGGAGUUGCUGACGAAAAGACCUCCCGAGGAUAUGAGGCAACUUAUGAGGCAUAUUGAGGAGUAUAAGCGUCUCGAAGAUGAUCGACUACAGAAUAAGGAAGCGCAAAUUGAAGGAUUGAAUGUGGCGUUCAAAGAACCGGUGCACAAGAUUCUAGAUCGGAUUAAGAACGAGUCGUUCUUCAGGUGGCCGAACAAGAUGGGGGGCGAUCUAUCUCGGAGGAAUCAAAACUUAUACUGCACAUACCACCGAGAUAAAGGGCACACCACCAAGCAAUGUUGGGUAUUAGAAAAUCAUCUGGGACAACUAGUAAAGGCAGGGUAUUUGAAAGAGUUCGUAGUGGAUUCCGGAAACCGAGAUGCCGGCCAGGGUGCUCAGCAGAAAGGGAAUCCCUUCCCGCCACCGUUGGGAGUGAUCGAGGUCAUCCACGCUGCCCCGAGGAAUGCGGCCACAAUUAAGAGAGUACUAAUAGUGGCCUGCGCGGAAGGACAAUCACCCGAGAAAAGGAUGAAAGUUGGUCAGCUGGUAAUCUCUUUUUACGAGGAAGAUCUAGAGGAGACGAUCCAAUCUCAUGAUGAUGCGUUGGUAGUAACAGCACGGAUAAGCGGCUUCUUGGUGAAAAGAGUGGUGAUAGACUAG